UAUUUCUCUCUCUCCCCCCCCACAUUAUUAAUAAGAAGAAGGUUCUUCCAAGUUCAAAGCUAGUAAUGUUAACACUAUUCUCCCAAAAAAAACAGAAAGAAAGUAAUCUUUAAACAAUAUUUUCAAUCCCCCCAUUCACACACACACACAUACACAUACACAUACACACAGAGGUGGGCAUGGAAGUAGUAGAGAAGAUGAGCAGCGUGGGUAGCAGCAGCGUGGAUGGUGGUGAUGAUGAUGAUGUUCCUCUUCCUGGGUUCCGGUUUCAUCCCACAGACGAAGAACUUUUAGGGUUUUAUCUUCGCAGAAAAGUUGAGAAGAGGCUCAUCAGUAUCGAACUCAUCAAAGAGAUUGAUAUCUACAAAUAUGAUCCAUGGGAUCUUCCAAAAGGUAGUCCAGCAGGAGAAAAGGAGUGGUAUUUCUUCUGCAAAAGAGGCAGAAAAUAUAGGAACAGCGUAAGACCAAAUAGAGUCACUGGAUCUGGUUUUUGGAAGGCUACUGGGAUUGAUAGGCCAAUAUACUCUUCCGGUGGAGAUGGACGAGAAUGCAUUGGCCUGAAGAAAUCAUUGGUAUACUAUCGAGGAAGUGCCGGAAAAGGUACCAAAACUGACUGGAUGAUGCACGAGUUUCGCCUCCAACCCGCCGAUGACAAAAGUACUAAACACAGUCAUGAUGUUAUAAACAUUGCUGAUCAAGAAGCUGAAGUUUGGACACUUUGUCGAAUAUUCAAGCGAAAUGUGUCAUAUAGAAAGUGUAUACCAGAUUGGAGAGAAGUAUCAGCUAAACGAAACGUUGCACCUGUUUCAGCAAGCUCGAAAACAUAUAAUACAGUGGAGUCUGAUGAUCAUCAAAUUCGCGAAGGAUACAUUAAUUUUGGAGCUCCAACGAUUAGACAGAACGAAAAGAUAAAGCCGUCUGUCAAUGAAACAAACUAUAACCGGCAGUUGGUUGCAGGCGGCCAACUGAGCUCCAUCUAUGAAGCUCCAUCAACAGCGUCCAGCUCGUGCUUCGUGAGUACUCCAGACGUGAAUGAGCUCAUUAAGUAUGGUGAUUGGGAUGAGUUAAGCUCAGUUGUUGAUUUUGUUGUGGAUCAUCCAUUUCGUCUGUAAACGUACGCUUGUGUAAUUUGAGUGGUUUCGUGCACUCAUGCUUGGGGAAGGUGAACUCAUGUAUGUAAUAGAGGAGUCAGGAUAUUAUUAUUAUUAUUAUUAUUAUUAUUAUGUUUAAUUUUACUUUCAUGAUCAUAUGUAAUUAGUGAAAAUCAUAUAAUCUCAAAUUACGUAA